UCUGAUGCAAGUAUACCCACUACAAAGCCAGCCAGGGACCAAUAACCCAUUCAGCUACAACCUUGCUACAUCAGUAAAUCAGAACGGUUCGAAUUUAACUCCAAUGUCUUCGAGCUUUCAUAACUUGUGGUCUCAUUUUAACGAUGUAAAUCAAUGCGAAGUUGAUUGGCAGUCGUUGUGUUCUGCUGGUUUUGAGACUGGUGCUAGUUCUGCAUACCAGUUCCCUCCAAAUUUGCCUGACAACAAAGGUGAUCUUGAUCCGCAACAAAAUGUUCCAGUGUUGCCACCCCCAGAAGGGAAUUUUAAUGACCAAUGUGGUCUGCUAAAUAUCAAUGUUGGAGGAGGAAAUGUUGAAAAUUCCAAUAGAUAUCUUCAUGAUAUCUACAUGAAGCCUGAUUCUCUUUUCACGGAUGAGCAGGACAACUGUCAACCUCCUUCUCAGCAACAAGAUGGAGGUCACGAUCAACUUCCUUAUCAAGUUGAAGUGCAGGACCCUGCUGCGAACCAAGUACAGGUUGAAGAAACCUCAAAUGUAUAUGGAUAUGCUAGUAUAUGUUAGCAUAUUCAGAACAUUAUCAUGCAUAUAGAUUCAAUCAAAACAUGUAAUAAAUCUCAAUGAAAAUGCAGAGAGCUUUUGAGU